CGCAGUGGACCUACUUCUACAUCUGUGGUGAGGACAAUCUGGACUGCACAAAGGCCACGGCCGCCAUGCCGUUUGGUCAUGCCUGGGAUAGCAAUGCAUCCGGCGUGCCCAGCGGACUGGGAGGAGGUCACGGCAACAACACGACCUCGACCUACUACUUCUACAUGUGGCGGUUCGGCUGGGUCCUCUACAUUAUGUCGCUCUUCUUCUCCGUCUGUGCCUUCUUCACAGGCUUCCUCGCCUGCUGCGGCCGUCUGGGCUCGGCCAUCUCCGGCUUGGUGUCUCUGACCGCCCUCUUCUUCUACACCAUCGCCGUGUCUCUAAUGACUGCGACAUUCGUAAAGGCUCGGGAUGCCUUCCGGGCCGACAACAGAUCUGUCGAGAUCGGACGAUAUGCCUUUGGAUUUAGCUGGGGAGCAUGGGCUGCACUCCUCAUCGCCACGGUGCUGUUCUUCCUGGGCAUUCGCAGCUCGGAUCGGGGCUCGAGCCGCCGCUGGCGCCGAAAUCGCAGUGUCAGGAGCCAACGGUCGUACGAUCUCGGCUCUCGACGCGUCAAGGAUGACUAUGCUUAGACGGCAGUAUAUGACGAGGCGGACGAGGCUGUAGACCGACGACGACGACGACGACACACGAAGAUGUACUACAGCGUCGGGGCUCUCUGGUCGCGGCUGAAGAUUUGGAUAAGAUAAUACCUAACAUCAAGCCGAGAAACAGGGGUUGGUGAGAUCGGCGUGUUCGGAAGCACUGUAAUAUGUUCUCACCUACUCAAGACCUGCGCUUCCUCACAGGCCUGUUUUGCGAGCCUAAACACGGUUCCUUUGAAAUACUCACGUACCGAAACCUAUUAAUACAAUCAACAUGUACCUUAACAGC